CUUGACUUUAAAUACCAAUUUCACCAUGAACCUAGCAAGAACAACACACAUUCAUAAUUAAAAAGAUGAAUUCUCUACCUUUAGGUCUUCAAUUCCAAGUAUGGAGGCUCAAUUAUGCAAUCCUCUCCUCAAUUAUGGGACUUCUUACCCGAUUUCACUAGAGCCUCCGAUGCCUGACCAUCGAUACGUCAGUGACCCUGACUCACCACCGCCUCCCAGGGAGUAUACUGAGGGGUUACUCGGAGUGGUGGCUUCACUCGAGGGCAUGGUUCUGCGGAGGGAGAUGAUGCUUUGUGCCUCCGGCGUUCAGGUCUCGCCUCUGCGGACUGGGCCAUCCGGGCCUUCUCGAGCAGCUAGGAGAGGAGUCUCAGCACGCAGCCGAGGCGGACGCAGAGCACCUAUCAGUCAGGAUGACAAGGAGUCUAGCGAGGAGGAGGAGUCAGCACAUCCUCAGUCUGAGACAUCUGCAGGUAGGGAUGAUGACUCAGGUUUCGGUUCGGAGGACGGAGGCGGCACCGAGGAGGCUUCCGAGGAUGGUGACUUCGAUUCAGAUGAUGGUGCCGGUGCCGGUGGCACGGAGGCUGCUCAACCGAAGAGGGCCUCUUGGUCUUGAGCUUGAUGGCACUGAUGCAGAUGUUCCUGUUUUAUUUUUCUUUUUACAUGCAGUUGUAGCUCAUUGUACAGCUUAGGCAACUUUAUUUUUCUUCUAA